AUGGCAGAGGCAGAAGCCGCACAACUGAAGGAGGAUGGAAAUCAGCAUUUUCAGCGUCAGGACUACAAGGCGGCCACCAAGAGCUACAGCCAGGCCCUGAAGCUGACCAAGGACAAGGCCCUGAUGGCCACACUCUACCGGAACCGGGCAGCCUGCGGCUUGAAAAUGGAGAGCUAUGCCCAGGCGGCUUCAGAUGCUUCCAGAGCCCUUGACAUCAACUCUGCCGACAUCAAGGCCUUGUAUCGGCGAUGCCAGGCACUCGAGCAUCUGGGCAAAUUGGACCAGGCGUUCAAGGAUGUGCAGCGCUGUGCUACCCUAGAGCCGAGGAACCAGAACUUCCAGGAGACACUGCGGAGGCUCAACACCAGCAUCCAGGAGCAGCUCCGUGUUCAGUUUUCCACAGACUCCAGGGUGCAGACUAUGUUUGAAAUCCUUCUGAACGAAAACAGCGAGGCUGAUAAGCGGGAGAAGGCUGCCAACAACCUCAUUGUCCUGGGUCGUGAAGAAGCAGGGGCCGAGAGGAUCUUCCAGAGCAAUGGGGUGGGCCUGCUGCUGCAGCUGAUGGACACGAAGAGGCCUGAGCUGGUGCUAGCUGCAGUGCGGACCUUGUCUGGCAUGUGCAGUGGGCACCGAGCUAGGGUGAGGGCCUGGGGAUUGGGACAGGUGGUGAGGAUGGCCGUGGACACCAAGAAGGACCUGAAGCAGAUCACCAGCCACCUGCUGGACAUGCUGGUCAGUAAGAAGGUAGCCGGGCAAGGCAGAGACCAGGCACUGAAUCUGCUCAAUAAGAACGUCCCCAGGAAGGACCUGUCCAUUCAUGACAACUCACGCACCAUCUAUGUCGUAGAUAACGGCUUGAGGAAGAUCCUGAAGGUGGUGGGGCAGGUUCCAGAUCUGCCCUCCUGCCUGCCUCUGACUGACAACACCCGUAUGCUGGCCUCCAUCCUCAUCAACAAGCUCUACGAUGACCUGCGCUGUGACCCAGAGCGCGACCACUUCCGCAAGAUCUGUGAGGAGUACAUCACGAGCAAGUUUGAUCCCCAGGACAUGGACAAGAAUGUGAAUGCCAUCCAGACAGUGUCAGGGAUCUUGCAGGGGCCCUUUGACCUGGGCAAUCAGCUGCUGGGCAUGAAGGGUGUGAUGGAGAUGAUGGUGGCGCUGUGUGGCUCGGAGCGUGAGGCAGACCAGCUGGUGGCCGUGGAGGCUCUCAUCCACGCCUCCACUAAGCUCAGCCGGGCCACCUUCAUCAUCACCAAUGGCGUGUCGCUUCUCAAGCAGAUCUACAAGACCACGAAGAACGAGAAGAUCAAGAUCCGCACGCUGGUGGGCCUCUGUAAACUUGGCUCAGCUGGGGGCUCAGACUAUGGCCUCAGACAGUUUGCUGAAGGGUCAACGGAGAAGCUGGCCAAGCAGUGUCGAAAGUGGCUGUGCAACACCGCCAUCGACACCCGGACGCGGCGCUGGGCGGUGGAAGGCCUGGCCUACCUCACGCUGGAUGCUGAUGUGAAGGACGACUUUGUCCAGGACAUCCCUGCUCUGCAGGCCAUGUUUGAGCUGGCCAAGACUAGUGACAAGACCAUCCUGUACUCAGUGGCCAACACCCUGGUAAACUGUACCAACAGCUAUGAUGUCAAGGAGGUCGUCCCUGAGCUGGUGCAGCUGGCCAAAUUCUCCAAGCAACACGUACCAGAGGAGCACCCCAAGGACAAGAAGGACUUCGUAGACAUGCGGGUGAAACGGCUCCUGAAGGCAGGUGUCAUCUCUGCCCUGGCCUGCAUGGUGAAGGCGGACAGCGCGAUCCUCACAGACCAGACCAAGGAGCUGCUGGCCAGGGUGUUCCUGGCACUUUGUGACAACCCAAAGGACCGGGGCACCAUUGUAGCUCAAGGUGGUGGCAAGGCCCUGAUCCCCCUGGCUUUGGAGGGCACAGAUGUUGGCAAGGUGAAGGCAGCCCAUGGGCUAGCCAAGAUUGCUGCUGUUUCCAAUCCGGACAUCGCCUUCCCCGGGGAGCGGGUGUAUGAGGUGGUGCGGCCCCUCGUGAGUCUCCUGGACACACAGAGGGAUGGGCUUCAGAACUAUGAGGCUCUCCUAGGACUCACCAACCUGUCUGGGCGCAGUGACAAACUUAGGCAGAAGAUCUUCAAGGAGAAGGCCCUGCCAGACAUUGAGAACUACAUGUUUGAAAACCAUGACCAGCUACGGCAGGCGGCCACUGAAUGCAUGUGUAACAUGGUACUCAACAAGGAGGUUCAGGAGAGGUUCCUGGCUGAUGGGAAUGACCGUCUAAAGCUGGUGGUGCUGCUCUGCGGAGAGGAUGAUGAUAAGCUGCAGAACGCAGCAGCUGGGGCCUUGGCCAUGCUGACCGCAGCACACAAGAAACUAUGCCUCAAGAUGACGCAGGUGACAACGCAGUGGCUGGAGAUCCUGCAGCGGCUUUGCCUGCAUGACCAGUUAUCAGUGCAACACCGGGGCCUGGUCAUUGCCUACAACCUGCUGUCAGCAGAUGCUGAGCUGGCCAGGAAGCUGGUUGAGAGCGAACUGCUGGAGAUCCUGACCGUGGUGGGAAAACAGGAGCCGGAUGAGAAGAGAGGAACUGUGGUUCAGACAGCCCGGGAAUGUCUCAUCAAGUGCAUGGAUUACGGCUUCAUCAAGCCCGUGUCAUAGAGAGUGGUGCACAGGGGUGCUGGGGUUGGUCCUGAACUGUCAAGAGUCUUGAGCUGGGCCCUCUUAAAGUGUCAGUUCAGCUAAGGAUCACAGCAUUGGCAAUGAAGUCUCAUUACAAAGGAAAGACUUGGUUGUCUCUUGAUUGUGAAUCUUCCCCUUGGUCCUGGAAAGGUUUGAGCAUUCCUCUGCCUCCCUAAAUUGGUCAGGUCCCAGAAACUUCUAGGAUAACUUCUGUCUGUGAUCAGGAAACAGGAAACAAUUCUGUCUCUAUUCUGAAGACCAGAAU